ACCACCAUCACUACCAGCACCACCACCACUGCCACACGCCUCCACCACCAUUACUACUACCACAACUGCCACACGCCACCACCACUACCACCAAGCACCCUUCACUGUGAAGGCCUCACAGGUCAGGCGGUCAUCCGGGUAAGGAGGGAGGGGAGGGCAGUUUGUCUGGUGCCUUUGAUGGUGUUGGUGUGUUAGUGUACUUCUCGAUGGGGCCUCAAAAUCUCUCUCCGGUUCCACCUGCUCAGUUUCUGGCAGCAGAAUAUGAUACUCAGUAUUCUCCAGAAAGACAGGAAAUAGUCCCCUUUACGGUCCUCUCACGUCUGUUUAUCACUUUUCCGAAGUUUUGAUACUUUGUCUAUAUAUAUCGUCUGGUGUCGUCCCGUUGUGGUGUUGGCUGCGAAGGUCAUUACGGGAUAGCCCAAUAGUGCAGGGGUCGUACUGGGCUCACGUUAUGAGAUGCUGGACGGAUGCUGCUUCUAUCUAGUGCCGUCCUGUUCAGUAGUGGGUGGGCCCAAGUGUCGCUCAUACUGUCACUGUAUCACAUGAUCUCUUUGAGAUUUACGAGGUCAGCUGUGUCUCGGCGCGCGUGUUCUGCUACAGUAUCGCUGAGAUACCCGAGCUUCACAAGCGUGGUGAUCAAAGUGUGACGUAAAAAUAAGAUAUGUGACUAUGAAUGAAAUAUAAGAUUGCUUGAUGAUUAUCUCGUGAUAUAAUCUAGCUCCCAGUAACACCGUCGCUCACUUCACUUGUAAAUAAAAAUCGAGGUCAAGAAAGUGUCAUAGAGCGCGCACAAGGCUGUGUAAAACCUGCCUGACAAGUGCUCGCUCCCUCCGUUAGUCUUGUCCACGUCAGGAGUGUAGUGGGGGGUGUCGCAGUGGGAGUUCGGCAUUGGAGGUGGUGCCUCUCGCAACGGAUACACCACACAGGUGCCGCGCUGGUGCCAGCAAACUUAAGAAACGGACAGCUGGCUAACAUUUGUGCCUCCCGUCUGACGUAAGAAAAGGUAGCGUGUGUUAAGCUGUAACAUCGUGUCUAUAGUGUUACCAGAAAAGCCAGAAAGGACAGAGGUUACGGUGUGCUGAUCCAUUACUGUUGACACAGAGCAUGUUACAUAUAGCUGCUGGAGUGCGAGAUAUACAGAAUAAACUCAAUAAGUGUAAGUGUGAGACUGGUGCCUUCAGCGUGCCUGAGAGCUGUUAUACAAGUGAAGGUCAUAUAGGCUCUGAUUUAUGCGAUGCUGGAGAGGCCCAUGCACUAAUUAGUCCCUCUGAAGGAACAGUUAAUGAUAGUCGUUUAAUACGCUCGCUCGAGAAGUGGAAUUCUCGUGAUGCUGAGGAGACUUCCCUUCCAGCAGGUAAGAUUCUUAGACGUGAGAAGAUGGACCUGGGUAACUUAGCAGGUCUUGUGCUUGUGUCGGGAAAGACGGAAGAUUAUGAAGAAAACUCGACAACUCCCAGCAGCCCAGAGAGUCAAACAUCUGACCUCCAGCAGAGCGAUUCCUCAUCCACUUCUCUCACGGAUUUCAGCCAGACGGAGGCCAGGGAGAGUUUGGUGCUCAGCAAACCCGUCCAUCAGAUGCUUGUUGGAUCCCGGUUGCCUUACAGUAUGUACAGCGAUUCUCUCCUGACGGAUAGUGGCAUUUCCGAGCACGGCACUACAGAGUCCGAUUACUCAGACUCCUUGGAAGGUGACGAUGAAGACGCUCGUGAUGAAUCGGAGACGUACGUACAAGCCCAACAAGAUGCUGACUACCCACCGCCGGUCUAUGACGAAUGUGAAACUAAUAAUGAGUUGAGUAAUGAUGAUGGAUCAACUGACAUGUCAUGGUAUGAUCCUAUGUCUAAUGACUUUUUUAUUAGUUUCACAUUUAACAACAGUGAUCAUUCUCUGGUAGAAUUCCAGCCCGCUAAACAAGACGUUGGCCUCCUUCCCAGCCCUUCCAGUGAUCGUGACAAAACUAAGCUGCCCAGUUAUGCCGCAGAUCAGCCAGCCAGAGGUAAAGGUUGCAAGGCGGUAUCUGCUUACGAUCCAGAAACCGGCGAUUCUUACACAGCCUGUCAUAAAAUACUUCACGAAAGUUUUAGAAGUCCUCCAAGUUAUGUCAAGAAGUCAGCAAGAAACAUCGAGAACUACAAGAAACCAGAGGAUUAUUAUCCUGUGGUAAACAAAGCAGUAAACUCUCUGGGUUCCCCACCCACAGAUGAAGAUUUCUACAUGCAGGUCAUGCCCCUCUUCCCCGAGCUUGGUGUGACUCGCAAAGUUAUGAAGCUUGAAUACAAUUUUGAGAUGCGGGACGAUUCGUGGGGCUGCUCCAGUACAGAGCCGUACUUCGACGCAUUAACUGGACGGCGGAUCCUCUCCACCAUUUACGAGUUCGAGGUGUCUUCUGACGAAGAUACAGACACUGUGAGUGUAGCCGAAGUCUGUGAAGAGGAGACAAGCAUGUCGUAUGACCACAGACUCAACGAUAUUGCCGAAGAGGACCACGAUUUUGCAUACGACACUGGUGGUGAAGAUACUGAAGCAGUUGAGAGCAAAAUAACUGCGACCAAAAUUGGUAAAGAUUCUGAAGAAAGAGGAAUACAAAAAAAAGUGGAAAUAAAACCUGUAUGUAGGGCAGAUCACGGCAGCGCCGACCAGUCUGUUCCAGGUGAACCUUCAGGCUCUGCCAGUGAAAGUGAUGACAGUGCCGUGAGGGUGAGAAGUGUCCCCCUCCCUCACAGUGAAAGUGAUGACGGUGCCGAGAUUGGAAGUCAUGUCCCUAUUCCUCUCAGUGCUCCCAGUGAUAGUGACGAUGGUGCCAUAACAGCCAGAUGUGUCGACGUCCUUCCCAGUGAUAGUGACGAUGGUGCUAUGACAGCUAGAUGUGUUCAUGUCCUUCCCAGUGAUAGUGACUAUAGUGCCAUAACAGCUGUAUGUGUCCACGUCCUUCCCAGUGAUGGUGCCAUAGCAGCCAGAUGUGUCGACGUCCUUCCCAGUGAUAGUGACGAUGGUGCUAUGACAGCUAGAUGUGUUCAUGUCCUUCCCAGUGAUAGUGACGAUGGUUCUGUGACUAUAACAGGUGACCCUGUCUCUCCAGGUGACCCUCUCCCUCCUAGUGACUCAACACUCACCGUGAGGGGCGGAUGCAACGCUGCUUCUCCUGGUGUGCCCUACCAAGAAAACAUUAUUACCGAAACCAUAUUACCACACACGGUCGGUCCUGACAGCAAAUCUAGCACUCAAGUGCCAAGCAAGCAUGAUCAUAUCUGCGUUAUUGUUGCUGACCACACUGGCGCCCCUGUCAGCAAACCUCCCAGUGAAGAGUUGCACAGCAAGCUAACCAGAGGCUGUGUUGAUGCUGGUGCUGACAACAUGGAAGGUCCUGAAGACAAAUCUCACAGUGAAGAAGAGUCUAACAAGCAAAUCGACGUCUCUACUGCUGCUGAUCACACACAAACACUCAGUGGUGACGACACACCAACGCCUGCUGACAUUUCAAGCGCUUCUGACACUUGCCAUGCUUGCGCGAAUAACCUGAAUGUCACAGCUGAUCCUGACACAGAACUCAAAACUGUAGCUCUGAGGACAGAUGACAUAGGUGACAAAAAAGCAAAUAAUACUGACACUUCAAUCUUAACUGACAAUGGUAGCUCAAGGAUCAUAAACAAAGCUGACAUUGAUGACAAAGGUACAAGUGAUCUUGACAUUUCGUUCUCAGUUGAUAGUGCGUUGGCGACAGACAGAACUCAUGUUGCCAGAUCAAUGGAUGUUGAGUCCGCCCUAUCAGCUGAUGUCGCCAGCACAGGAACAGGUAAUGCUGACAUCACAAAAACAUCUGUUGUUGACGUUGCUGGCAUUGUCAGUACUGUCAACGCAGACAUGAGAAUUACUGACAUCAACACAGGUAAGACUGAUAUUGCAAGCACAGGUAAUACCGACUUUACUACCGAUAACAGUGACGCUAUUAGCGCGUGCACAAGCAAAGCUGAUGUCACUAGCUCGGAUAAUACUGACAUCACAAAUACACCUAAAACUGAGGUCACCUGCAAAGAUAAUGCCGAUGUCAAUAAUGUAGAUGUCACUGAUGUCAUAUACACAGAAAAAGAAAUAAGUACGAAUAGUGACAUCACUCCAAGUGACAUAACUACUGCAGUUAGUACUGAUAUUUUUAAUACUGCAAAUCCUGACAUCACUACAGCAAGUCAUUCUGACAUUAAGAACAUCAUUGCUGUUGACAUCACUAAUACAGAUACAAGUAACAUCAAUAUAUCAGGCAAUACGGACAUCCCGAGAACACGCAGAAUGGACAUCACCACGAACACAGCUGAAAUAGACUUAAAAGACAUAGUUCCUGAAGUCACUGAAAAGGAUCCAACUCUAUGCAAGGUUAAAGGGCACAACAUUCCUUCAGACCUACAGUGCCUUCACACUGACGAAGUCUGUGUACCUAUCAGCUCCUGCAGAGGCGGUGAAAACACUAGAGCACCUCUCAGUGAUGCUGUAGUUGACAAUACAAGAUGCGGUGUUGAUCUGGCGAUGCAAGAUGCGGAGGCUGUUGUUCACACUUUGAGAGGCAAGGGCAUGAUAACUGGCUCUCAUGGAACCGGAGCGGAUGCUGCCAGCACAGCGUCCAACUCCGUUUCGCUAGGCGACGGAGCAUCAGAAGUAGCAGCGCCAGGCGUCGCAGCUCCAAGUGAUGCAGCGCCAGACGAAGCAGCGGCUGUGUCGGAGAACGUAGCUGACACGGGAAUAUGCUUUAGGAGUGGCUCUGAAAAUCUCUCCCUCAUACACCACCCGGAUGAUGCGAUAACAGCGGAAGUAAGUUUACAUACAGUACCAGGUGAACCGUCAGCAAACCCGCCUCAUCACUUGCAUACUGAGAGUACAGCCACCAGUGUUAGCCUUGACGCUGCAGUGAUUGAUAAAUUGGUUUCUUGUGACUUAAUAAUGGCCACAACCUCUGUCGAUGACGUUUGUGGUACUCUUCCAAUAAGCACAGCCACUACCAUGGAAAGCGAUCUAAAUCCCGGUAAGAAAAGUGACCUGUGCUCUGGAAGGGAGAGAGACCUUGUAAGUGAUGACAUGCUAAUGGUGUCACCUGAUCAGCCUGGGAGUGGCACAAGGCUAGAACCAAAUUUAGAUGAUGUUACCCACACUAACACGUACCCAAAGCAGACUGGGGAGGUCGUGCUCUGCGAGUGUGCACAAUUUCCGAAUGCUACAGCUGUGAAAGACACGUCAAAGUCACGCGGAAAUACUUUCUCUACUCAUCGGGCUUCUCAAAACAUGGCGAAAGAGCUAGAGGCCUCAACUGUAAACACGUAUAACGACUUGAGCAAAUAUGGCAGUGAAACUGUUUCACUGGGAGAGCAAGGAUCAUGUGAACAGCAGUCACAUGAAGCGCAAAUCACAUACAAAGAGGUUACAUCCUCUACCUCAGAAGACGUUGGAAAGGCAGGACACGAGCAAGAAGUGCUUGGUAAGAGCGAUGUUUUGCUACAACCGGUGGCUACAGGACAACACAUCUGUAAUGAGACAACAGAAAAUAAUUCUAGCAAAGUCAUCGAAGAAAAAACUGUGGUAGGAAGAGAGAAUAACACUGAGAGUGACGCACACAGUGAACAGUGCACCGCCUUGCAGGAGACCUCAAUCAGCCACACAAUCACUCCCUCAGUCAGCCACACAGUCACUUCCCCCGUCAUAGAUGCUCCUCCUCCCAAACCCAGGAGACUAUUUCUACGUCGCAUGUCAAGCGAACGAAGAGCUAGUUCAAACAUUGAUUCACCUAAAUCAGAGGAAUACAGGGAUGAUGUCUCCCGUACACCCCCUAAGAGACCUUUAAGACGCAAAGAAAGCCUUAGAUUACAGAAUGCUCUGGCUCGAGAAAAUAAACAAACCUCGUCAACAAUUUCUGACAAUCUCACAGGAAAGGAAAACGAAUCGUUCACUGCAAAAACUGAAGCUGGAAGAACUCGUGGGUUAAGGGUGGUAGUGGUUGAGGCUGUAAUAGAGAGACCAGGCAAAGAGGCUGGCACAGUGCCAAGGCCCCAUGAUUCAGGUAAUGUGAUGCACUGUCGGAAUACUAAGUACGCAGGUGAUGCAAGGAGCGGGUCACCUGAUGGUGGCGUGCAGGAGGUGCCAACUCCGGAGAAUGGGAUGGUCGAGGUCACUACGGACGCCACUGCCUUUGAUAAAAAACAUUACCUAGACGUCCAUGGCGGUAAAAUAGAAGGCAGAGCUGAGAGUGCUAUACUUGAUGAAACAAAUAGUUCACUGUCUCCAUUUAAGGAGGUUCUAUCGGGCUCUAAUUCCAUUGAAGGUGGCCUUCACACUGAAAUCAAGACUAAUCUGGAUAACGAUAAUUGCAUACCAUUAGAAAUCGGUAAUUUAGCACACGACACCAGUUUACAAGGAAAGGAAGAAACUACAGAUAUGCUAAAUAAGGAAAUAUCAAACGAUUUUAUGGGUCUAGAAGAUAAAGAAUGUAGCAUUAUAACAAGUGGUAAAGACUGCAGUAAUAUGCCCUCUGGUGAAGAAAUACCAAUUUAUAAAGCGAAAUUAGUCGCCCUUUCCCAAGACCCACCACCACCAGUCAGUCCUCCCCAAGAUCCACCACCACCACCACCACCAGUCAGUCCUCCCCAAGAUCCACCACCACCACCACCAGUCAGUCCUCCCCAAGAUCCACCACCACCACCACCAGUCAGUCCUCCCCAAGAUCCACCACCACCACCAGUCAGCCCUCCCCAAGAUCCACCACCACCACCACCAGUCAGCCCUUCCCAAGAUCCACCACCACCACCACCAGUCAGCCCUUCCCAAGAUCCACCACCACCACCACCAGUCAGCCCUCCCCAAGAUCCACCACCACCAGUUAGCCCUCCUCAGUAUCCACCACCACCACCACCAGUCAGCCCUCCCCAAGAUCCACCACCACCAGUCAGCCCUCCCCAAGAUCCACCACCACCAGUCAGCCCUCCUCAAGAUCCACCACCACCACCACCAGUCAGCCCCCCUCAAGAUCCAUCACGAACACCACCAGUUAGCCCUCCUCAGUAUCCACCACCACCACCAGUCAGCCCUCCUCAAGAUCCACCACCACCACCAGACAGCCCCCCUCAAGAUCCACCACCACCAGUCAGCCCUCCUCAAGAUCCACCACCACCACCACCACCAGACAGCCCUUCUCAAGAUCCACUACAAUCAGCAAUCAACACUCCCCAAGACCCACUAACAUCACCAUCAGUCAGCACUUCCGGAGACCUGGUACUACCAGUCAGCACUCCCCAAGACCCAGCACCACCAGUCAGCACUCUCCAAGACCCAUCACUCAUAACCUCCCAUGAAUCACCACCAGUUAACGCUUCCCAAGACCCACCGUCACUAAUCACCUCCCACGAAACACCACCACAAGAAACACCACCACAAGACGUACCACCAGAAACAAGAAAAGAAACAGAUGUUGAUUUUCGGCCUAUGAAACAUUCUGACAACACUGAAGCAGACGUCAAAUAUUUGUUACAAAUUACGUCUAAUUUAGAUAAUACUGAAACACCUCGUCCUCCUGCGAGAAAGAAAAGGACGUCUAAAACACAGACAAAUAUGCACCUCGACAGAAACAUCGUAGUCACCAAAAAUGCCGAAGUCACCAAGAAUGCAGAAGUUGCCGAAGUGGUCGAGAACGGUCAAGUCACUAGGAAGGCCAAAAACAUCAAGGACAACAAAAUCACCAAAGAUGUCAAGGUCGCCAAAGAUCCCAAUGACUCCAAAUACAUUAAGGACUAUAGAUACACCAAGGAUGCUAAAUACACCAAGGAUGCUAAAUACACCAAGGAUGCUAAAUACACCAAGGAUGCUAAAUACACCAAGGAUGCUAAAUACACCAAGGAUGCUAAAUACACCAAGGAUUACAAAUACACCAAGGAUGCUAAGUACUUUAGGGGCGAUAAAUACACCAAGGAUGCUAUGUACGCCAAGGAUGCUAAAUACGCGAAGGAUUAUAAAUACACCAAGGACGAUAAAUUCACCAAAGAGGGUAAAUACACUAAGGAUAAUAAAUAUGCAAAGGACGCUAAAUACACUAAGGAUGUUAAAUACGAUAAAGAUGCUAAGUACACCAAGGACACCACAACCACCAAGGACUCCAGUUUCCCAGGUGUAUCUAAGCCCUACAUCCCAGAGAGAACGUACAUGAGGCGGCACAACUCGCUUCCCCGGCAGCGAAAACUUAAGGCCACGUCCUUAUUUUCACUCGCCAACAUCAGUCACACCGCCAGGAACGCAGUCGGUCGCUCAGCCUCCACCGCCACCUGUCGUCCUCAGUAUUCAUCGAGUAGGCUGAGAAUGUCGUCUCCCGAUGUAUCUUCCGUGAAGCCAUUCGACCGUCCUAAUGUGACCCAGUCGACGCUGCUGAGUGAAACCAAAAAGGAACACUUUUCUAAAGUCAUUGACUGGAACGCCAUCACUCAACACAGAAAGCGUGAGCGGGCCUCUUCCGACGGCUCCAUUCAGAGGGACGUCAAGAGAAGCUUUUCGAUUAAAAGAAGAGAUUCUCUGAAGAAAAUAUACACCUCGCUACAGCGAAACUUUGUAAACAAAGCCAAUCAUUUGGAUAACAGCGAGAACGUCAACUGCUUCCCAAAGAUAUUCGGAAGGAAGCAGAAGAGCUACGACAUGAAACUCUCGCCUGACACUCCUUCAGAGAUCCCUCAGAAUGCACCUUACACCGAUUCCCCGACACUAGCCUUGGCAGAAAAUUCCGAAGACAUGUGUAAAUUUCAUUCUAUGAUCGAGUUUUACGAGGAUAACACAGGCCAGUCUCCCGUCGAGAAGAAGCGUUUGGCUACAGAAAAUGAAGAUGGUCCUCCUGUUCCACUACGGAGACGCAAGCAAGGGAGAAGCAGAACACUCGUAAAAGAGACUAACGAUGAAGUGAAGGCAGCAGAUGAUAGUGAGAAAACUGAUGACAAUAGACAACCCCUGGAUAAAACAGCUGGAUUUAACAAAGAAGAAAGUUACGAUAGGGAGAGUUCAUUGGCCGUUGAAGACAAAAGUAGCGUCAAUGACGCUUUUUCACUUAGUGCUCAAGAAUGCAUUUCUGCAAGUAAAGUUUUUGAGAGCCUGGAAGUGACUAGUAACGAAAAGUUGAACACUGACCACGUUGACCCGAAAGCUUUAGAAUUGGAAAGAAAUGAUAAAAUUGGUCUUAACGAAGCUCAGACUUUACAGCCAGAGACUAUGCUAGACACAGAUGUAAAAAGAGAGAGAGAAGAUUCUGGGAAAGAUGCAGCUUCAUCGGCAGCUGUGCAGCAAGAUCACACCACAGAGAACCAGUUGAUUCUUGAAAAAAGAGAGAAUCAAUUCACCUUUGGUGACACAGAAGUUCAGCAGACCCUUGGUGACACACAGGACCAGCUGGCCCUUGCUGAAGCACUGGACCAGCUGGCCCUUGCAUACACUGAGCACCAGCUAGGCGAUGCUGACAGUGAGGAUCAACUAGCUCUUGCUAACACUGAGGACCAACUAGCACUUGCUGACACUGAGAAAAAACUAGCCUUUGCUGGCACCCGCUUUACUGUGACGCGAUGCGAUACAGGCGAAGAAGAAACUGUAAUAGCAUGUAUAACAACCAAAAUCUCUGAAGACUUCCUCGAGAUCUCUUUAGGUCGAGACGAGACUAUACCGACCACUAACACUCGUGACACUUACGACAGCCCUCAUAGCCAUACAAAAAAACCCGACACAGCCUCAACAUCCUCAAAUAUUAAUGACUCAUCCGGCAGUCAAAGUCAUUUGCUGCUUAACCCUUUCCGUGACACCUCAUCAAACAAGUCUCAGGAUUUGAUGCUUUCCGACCACUUCAGCGAGGAUCUGUCUGCUACACGCGCAGUUACGCACGAGCAGGAUACCCUCCCUGGCAGCCCUAACAGUAGCUUGCAGGAUGCUGUCGACACACCCUGGGAGCCUCCAUCUGUCUCUCUGCAGACGUGGGAGGAGAGGCAGGGCAUCCAGAAGGAGUUUCCCUCCUUGAACCUCCGCUAUUUACCCGAAGACUGCUCCAUUGCAAAGCUCGCGGGAUCAUCUUGUCCUGCUAGUAAAGGGGAUGAAGACACUCCCUCUCCCGGGCCUCCCGUGGACUCUGAGAAAGAGGACGCCCACCACCUCGCCCACCGCCACGCCCACCAGCAGGAAGAGCAGCAGAAGAGAGAGGAGGAGCAGGUUCAGCAGGACCGCUGUGUGGAGGUGUACCCGGAGACAGUUAGGCAGAGACAAAGAAACAUGAUGGCCUCCUCCAACAAGGUUGAUAUCAAGAAUUGGAAUUCUUCGGGUGGCAACAACAAUAAUAAUGACAGUCUUACAAGCCCUGCUAAGGUCAAGAAGUUCCUUCCCUCCGUCAAGGCUCUCAGGAACCAGUUCGAGGCAGGGAAGUCCAACAGCAGAUCAGAAACCAAUGGCAAUAUCAACAGUAAUGGCAAUGGUACCUUGAGCCACAGGUCUUCUGGAUCGACCUCAUCACUUGUCAGCUCCUCCCUCGAGAAGACCAGCAGCACUAACAGCCUCAACUCUGUCAGCGACUCCGUGGAGAACCUCCUGGCACCUGCCUUUGAGAACCUGCGGCAGAUGGAACCUGAAGAACCUGUAGAGCCCAUUUACAAUCAGUUCAAGAAGGUGGAUGAGGAACUGAGGGAGCUUAUGAGCAAGCCGCCCUCCACGACAGGUUGGAACCCAAGGCCCUUGCUGAAGCGUCUCUACUACAUCCCCGAGGCACCCAAAAUACAGAGUCAGGGUACUACCUACAUCAACAUUGAGGGAUUCCUGGAGAAGCUGCCCUCAGGGAGAAAGAAAGCAACCUUCUGGAACGCCUGGAAGAGACGCUACUUUGUGGCCAAGGAUGGAGUCCUCUACUAUUACCAGAGCACCCAGACGGAGAAGCCUAGCAUGAAGAUGCCACUGAUGGGAGGCAAAGUGGAGUGCAUGGAGCCCAGCAUGGUUGGCAUCGACGAUGGGCAGAGCAGAGACUCUAAGGCCUCUGCCGUACUCGGCAUAGACGACGGGAAAGGACACUAUGUUGUGGUGCGUUGCAGCUCUCGGCAGGAGGCUGAGCGAUGGAGGCGAGCACUUGAGACACACACAGUAGAGGACUUCACCAGCCAGUAUGUGCAGCCCUGGCCCAUGCCCACCAACCCUGCUCUCCUCAGAGACACCCUCGUCAUUGAUUUGGGUUCUGCCUCUGUUAGGGCAGGUGUGCUUGCCUCCCAAGCUACCCUACCCCAGGUGUUCCUUCCGUCAGUGGUGGCAACAGAGAGGGAAAGUCGACGUCAAGUGUGGGGAUUCGAUGCCUUGGCACCAGAUGUCAGAGCUGCCUCCACAGUUUCCUUCCCUAUCAGACCCUCACAUAAAAUCACAAAGUAUUCUGUGGACCUGAGUGCUGUCUCAAGUCUCCUGCAGAAGACCUUUGCCGAACUAAAGGUGGAUCCCAAGAAUUACCACAUCCAGCUCUCGGUGCCAAGAGUCCUCAAUACUAACACCCAGACGGAACUCCUGCGCGUCCUUUUUGACAAGUUCGGCGUCAGGUCUGUCAACCUGACUCAUCAGUCAAUCCUCGCUCUCUACGCUUACAAUGCCACCUCUGGAAUAGUCGUCGAUGUCGGCGAGAGGAUGGAUAUUGUGCCAGUGAUUGAUGGGUACAUUGUGGAUGGUGGUGUAUCCAGAGUCCCAUAUGGUGGGUACCGCAUCCUUGACCACCUCCGGCAGUUCCUAUACAUGAGGAACGUGUCGCUUAUCAACGAGGUGGAAAGUUAUAUUAUUAGACAAGUGCUGGAGAACAUAUGCUACUGUGCUCACCAUUAUAACACAGAGAGGGCACGGUGCACCAACAAUCCUGACCUGUACGAGAAGGAAGUCACCUUGAGCGAGUACUUCCACACCAACGAUUGUCCCUACCAGACCAUCUCAUUGGAUUUUGGGCGUUUCCAAGCAACUGAGGGAUUAUUCAACCCUGAUGCCUGGGGGCUCGACCAUCCUGGUCUGCACAAGCUAGUCCACAAGGCAAUCAUGGAAUGCAGUAUGGACAUCCGAAAGGAGAUGAGUCGCAGCAUCUUCCUUGCAGGUGGCGUGACUCAGCUCCCUGGUCUGGUUGACAGACUCACUACAGAGAUUGACAACCUCACACCACCAGCCAUCCGACCCAAGGUCCAUGCCUCCCCUUACCGUUACCAUGCUGCCUACAUUGGUGCAUGUGUGCUGGCAGAGUCCCCAGCCUUUGUACAGUCUAGAAUCUCCCGAGAGGACUGGAACAAACAAGGUAACGCAGUGCUACGGAAGUGGUCUCUCUGAAACCACUUAGACAUUGACGGCAGUCAAUUUGGAGUCUUUGAAAAUGGGAAAGGAUACUCCCAUAGUUUACCACUCACACAGAAAUUAGAAUUUUUUUUUUUUUUAUAGAUGCUGUAUGUGCAUAUCCUUGAUGAAGUCACAGGAAAGGUUCUUAAAUCUCUCCCCAAAAUAAUCUUUGUUCCUGUUAAACGUUGGGGAUGAGGGCAAAGAACCUUGACAACGCUCCGGUAGUCAAAUUCAUUGUCCACAUUUCUUAGUGUGCCGUUUCCACACUGCAUUUGUGUUUUAAAGAAUCCUCACCCAUGGAUAAUGAAUAACUAGGUACUGACAACAAGGAGUGCCAGACAAAAUCCAUGUUAUCUGGAAAUGGCUUCCACAUCAUGGCAACGAGUUACUGUCCAGUCCCUCUGAUUAAUGCUAGCAGUGGGGGUGAUGACUGACUGAACAAUGUUAAUCACUGAAGACUUAACCUAAGCUUUCCUGCUCACAUGCCUUUAACUUUUGCAAUAUGCUCUAUAUGUCUUGAAUAAACAGUGUAAUUUUUGUUACAGUGCUGGUAUAUAACACAUUCAUACCAAAUUGUCUUGUAUUAUUAAUGUUAAAAAGUCAGAGAAUUUUUAUAUAAUGUACAUAAAAGAAGCUUAGUCUUGUGCACAAAUUUCUACAGGAUUAUUAUUUUUACUCGAGGCUGAAGUACUCGACACUGAUAUCACUAUGAACACUGGCUUGUGUACAUCUUAGUCAGUAUACCCCUUUAUUAGUCAGCAGGUGACAGCUAAUCAGGUGUGAUAUGAUCAACAGGUGUAGGUGGGUUGAAAAUCAGGUAUGAAAUAUUGACUAGGUAUGAUGAUGAGAAUGGUGAACAAGAAGCAACAGACCCGCCUCCCUGCAUGUGCCUGACUGACCGUCACUCAGUCAUGUACACUGUAUAUAUGGUAUCCUAGGCAGGGAAUGGUUAACUUAUUUUCCAGUGUGUAAUAUACAGUUGCAGUUGUUUACUUACAAUAAAUAUAUUUGUAUAUGAGAAAAAA